AUGAGCGACCUUAUUGAAACUACCCUAUUCACUUGUCCCUUGGUUUAUAUUUAUUCGAUUCCCCCCUUGAAGAGUAUAUCUGCUGGUCAUGUUGCUGGUCAAUGGCCAGUUGAUAACCCACUAUGGCAGGGAAGGUUGAGGGUAGUAGAGGUGGAAGGUAUUAGCCAAACUCAUAGCGCGAACAAAAUAGACUGUCACUUGAAGCUCGAAGACUCGAAUUCUGGAGAGCUGUUUGCCAUUGCCCCGUAUUCUAAGGAUGGGAAUGGUGUGACAGCUGCCUCUGAUUCAUCUAGAUUCUUUGCAAUCACUGUAGUUGACGGAGACAGACGGGCUGUAUUGGGGAUGGGAUUUCCUGAUAGGAACUCAUCGUUUGAGUUCAAUAUUGCAUUGCAAGAUUACAAAAGGCAUUCCAAUCCACAAGCAGGACAGCAGUUUCUUAAUCCCUCGAAACAUAUAGAUCAACAGAAAGACUAUUCUUUGAAAGAGGGUCAAAUGAUUCACGUAAAUAUCAGUGGGUCCAAUGGUGCGAAAGAUGAUUCUACGGAAGAUGCUGAAGCUAACACGGUAAUCCCAAUGCUUCUUCCCCCACCGCCAUCUUCCCGGCGCUCAAAAAACCGUCAGGCAUCUCCCCCCAAGCCCUUAGCUACCGAUGACGAUUUUGGCGAUUUUCAAUGA